GGUCUUCAUAGCAGUAGUAAUAAUAAAAUAAAAAAAUUAAUACUAGUUUAGAAGCACAAAAUGUCUCCUCAAUUUAUGCCCUAAAUCCUAAAUCGUAAAUCCAAUUUCCACCCUAAAAUCCCAAUAGAUCCUCGUAUUGAAUCGAUCGAGUGUGUGUUUGUUGCGAUAAUUAAGCUCGGGUAUGUUCCGAUCCAAGGUGCAAGAUGAGAUCGAGAUGCAGAGGAGAGCCGCAAGGGUCUUUCCUGAUGAGAAGCAAAACCAAGCUAAACCCAUGUAUCAAGUCGCAAGAGCCGAUAAAUUUGGCACCAGUAAAUUAGAUGGAAGAAACCCCAUAAAGCCUAAAGUAUGGGUUGAGACCAAUGAGCCAUGGCACAGAUUAAUCUUAGACCCCGGAAGUAAUAUAGUUCUAACAUGGAACCGGGUUUACCUCAUGACGUGCUUGUUUGCUCUUUUUAUAGACCCCUUCUUCUAUUACUUACCCUUCGUUAGGGUCGAUAAUAAUUCUUCAUGCGUUAGACUGGAUGAACGAUUACGUAUUACUGUAACUGUUCUUCGAUCUUUAGCCGAUGUAUUCUAUAUGCUGAAUAUGGUUAUAAAGUUUCGAACGGCGUAUGUUGCGCCGAACACGAGAGUGCUUGGGAAGGGAGAGCUUGUAACUGAUCCUAAAGAAAUUCGAAGGAGAUAUUUAAGAUCCGAUUUCUUCAUAGAUCUAGUCGCGGCAGUGCCUCUUCCACAGGUUGUCCUCUGGUUCAUAAUGCCCGCGAUAAGUAGCCCGAAUUACAAUAUCAAAAACACCACAUUUGGCCUUGUUAUUGUGGUUCAGUAUAUAAUUAGAAUGUAUCUUAUAGUUCCCUUAAGCAAUCAGAUUAUUAAAGCUGCUGGAGUUGUCGCAAAGACCGCCUGGGGAGGAGCUGCAUAUAAUCUACUACUCUACAUGUUGGCGAGCCAUAUCACAGGAGCAAUAUAUUAUCUCCUCACUGUUGAACGGCAAAUAACGUGUUGGAACUCGGAAUGCUCGAGGGAAAGCGCUUCCUCAAAUGUGACUUGUCAUCUUAAAUAUUUGAAUUGUGAUUAUACCGAUUCGAGUGACUACCAAAAUUGGGCCAACAGCACGGGUGUGUUUUCGAACUGUAAUGCCGGCAAUCAAAGUAUCAACUUCAAGUACGGGAUAUUCCUGCUUGCAUUGAACGAUGGGGCUGUUUCGACAAAUUUCCUCGAGAAAUACUUCUACUGUCUCUGGUGGGGUCUGCAACAGUUGAGUUCGAGUGGGAACCCUCUGAUUACGAGCACUUUCAUCGCGGAAAAUACGUUUGCCAUCGCAAUUGGAGCCAUUAGUCUUGUACUGUUUGCUCAGCUGAUUGGCAACAUGCAGACCUACUUACAAUCGAUCAGCAAACGACUCGAAGAGUGGAGGCUGCGGCAAAGAGACACCGAGGAGUGGAUGAGGCAUCACCAACUUCCCGACGAUCUCCAAGAGCGGGUCCGCCGGUUCGUUCAGGUGAAGUGGCUCGCGACGCGAGGCGUGGAUGAAGAGACUAUCCUAAUAGCUUUACCUGCGGAUAUUCGUCGCGACGUGCAACGCCACCUCUGCUUGGACCUAGUUCGACGGGUUCCUUUUUUCUCAGAGAUGGAUGAUCAACUCCUCGACGCCAUCUGCGAGCGGCUAGUCUCCUCCCUGUGCCCCGAGGGAACAUUCAUCGCCCGUGAGGGCGACCCCGUGAACGAAAUGCUCUUCAUAAUCCGGGGGAAACUAGAGAGUUCUACGACCAACGGCGGCCGAACCAACUUCUUCAACUCAAUAAUCCUACGGCCCGGCGAUUUCUGCGGCGAGGAGCUCCUAACAUGGGCCCUGCUCCCCAAAACCAACGUAAACUUACCCACUUCGACGCGGACCGUAAAAGCCCUAACCGAAGUCGAGGCCUUCGCCUUGCGAGCAGAAGACUUGAAAUUCGUCGCGAACCAAUUCAGGAGGCUGCACAGCAAGAAACUGCAGCAUACAUUCCGGUUUUACUCUCACCAGUGGCGGCUGUGGGCGGCGUGCUUUAUCCAGGCGGCGUGGCGGCAGUACCGGAGGAGGAAAACGGCCGAGAGCUUAAGUCGGUGGGAGGAGUACUCAUGGUGGGAGGAUCAAGAGAGCAACUACAAACCGGAGAACGAGAAUGCGAGGCCGGGCUCGAGCGCGAUUAUUGAAAAGUUGGGAUCCAUUUCGCGGAGGUUUUUGGCCGACGAUACUGAACUGGCCAGGCUGCAGAAGCCGGACGAGCCCGAUUUCUCCGCAGAUCACUUCGAUUAGGAGCUCUGAAUCGGAAACCGGUCGCACUGGUGUUCGGAAAAGGGGUUCUUGGUGUAAUAUUGUUGGAUCUUUAUACUUGUUGUUGGUCUUAUUGUUCUGAAUGCAUAAGCUCCAAUUUAAAACUUCGGAAGUUACUUUUUGCGAGGGAUUAAUGAACUGGGGAUUGUUUGUAUCUUGUACAGUGUGAACAUCUUGAGGAAGCAAGAAUAUUGUGAAAAUUAAUGUUGUGUUGCUA